CCGCAUUGCUUCAGGGUCGCGCUCAUGAGAGAGAGUAUAAGAGCCGUAUUAUGGCACCAACCUCUGACGUGCCCGACCACUCUUUGCGUCCUCUGCGCGUUUUCUGUUAGCUUCAUUGCCACAGUUCAUCGCAACAAUGGCCGAGCCGGCGAACAAUACGAGCAAGCUCGCAGGUGACAGACCUUCGGUGUACAGUGCGACGCCCCCCGACCGACAAGCCUCCACGAAGCCCAGUGUAUUCCCGCUGCCCGAAUGGCUCAAACUGUUUCUUAUAGCAGCGAUGCUCGAUAUACUGCGGCAAAUGUCGUCUGCAAUUCUGGAGCAUCUGCAUCGGGCCUGCUGGGUGACGGUGUCCUUCGAAGACGAAGAUGCUUGUUACACUUGGAUAAUGUAUUGGUUGUCCAAACAUCCGUCCUGGCGUGACGCACGCUUUGUCCAGGCGACUACUCGGAUGUAUGGUGUGCCUUCACAUGGAGUGACUGUCCCCGUUCAAGCGGAGAGGAACGGAGCUGCUCGCACCUUGAGCUACAUUCCGAGCACAAAAGCAAGGCAUACCAUGUGGUACAAUGGGUACUGGACUGUGGUCCAGCGUGAACGCGUUUACGGAGAAUACGACAUAUGCAGGGAGUCUUUGCAUAUCAGCUUCUUGACCCGUGAUAAUUCAGUCGUCGAUGAGCUUCUCGUAGAAGCCAAGCAAUGCUACGUAGAGGCGCAGAAUGAUUUCGUGUGCAUAUACGCUCAAGACGCAACCUUCACUGCCAGGGCGUGGAGACAGGUGACCGCGCGGCCAAAACGGCCAUCGAAAUCGAUUAUACUGGAGCGCGGGACGAUGGAAAGAUUGCUCCACGACGCGCGCGAUUUUCUCAACAGUGCCGACUGGUACGCCAAGCGAGGUAUUCCGUUCCGGAGAGGGUAUCUCCUUCAUGGAGCUCCUGGAACAGGCAAAACCUCCGCCAUACAGAGCCUUGCAGGCGAACUGAGUCUUGACAUCUACAUGUUGACUCUGAACCGUGCCGGGCUAGAUGACACUACUCUGCACCAGCUAGUCGCUGAACUCCCCAAACGGUGCAUAGCGCUCAUCGAAGACAUUGACGCGGUGUUCCGUCAAGAUGUCUCUUGCCGUCCUUCCGAAGAGGAGCCUAGGGAAGGUCAAUACGGUGGCACAGGGCAAGAAAAGAAGGAGGAGGCCCACUGCCGUGUGUCAUUGAGCGGUCUGCUCAAUGCCCUGGAUGGCAUCGCUGCCCAGGAAGGUCGAAUACUGUUCGCGACCACAAAUCACUACCGCGCCCUUGAUCCGGCGCUGUGCCGCCCUGGACGCAUGGACUUGCACCUCGAGUUCAAGCUCGCUAGCAAAGACCAAGCAGCGCGGCUGUUCUACCGUUUUUACUCUGAUACGCGCGACGAUGGAGACGACGAGGCGCUGUAUCAUGGUGAAGACGACCUCGGCACUCAUACUUUACAAGGAGUUGCGCCACUGAGCCCUCCCCCUACUCCUCCCCCAGCUGAGGCGAUGUCGGCGGUGGAUGACGCGGGCACCUCGUCAACGAGAGAUUCGGAGGACCCGGGCACUGAGACUGACUUGCGACAGUUAGCCGCACGUUUUGCAGAUCCUAUCCCAGAAGGACGAUUUUCGAUGGCAGACCUUCAGGGUUAUCUCAUGCUAUAUAAGGAUAAGCCGGAGGAGGGCGUCGAAGCCGUGGAGAAAUGGGUGAAAGGGCAGAAUGCGGCUACCAUGAACGCGUAGCGGGAGACGGUAGCUGGACAACGGGGGAGAGAAUAUGCCAAUACAAUUGCUUGCUCUGAGUGUCUAGUACAGUGUACUACCGUUCCUUUACCCAUGGUGGUUCCUUUACCCAUGUGCACCCAGGGCAGUCCGUCCUUGAGCCAAAAUUCUGUAAA